CUAUAGGGGAGUUUUGUUGGAAGUUGCAAAGUCCUGGAGCCUCCAGAGGGCUGUCGGCGCAGCAGCAGCGAGCAGCAGCAUCCGCGCGCUCCGGCGGCGAAGGGCAGAGGAGCUCGCAGGAGGCAGGAGCGCGGCGCGCAGGAGCCCGGAGCCGAGCGCACAGCGACCCCCCGACCCACCGCCCGCCCCAGGCCACCCGGAGAGCCCCAGCCAUGGCACACCAGCUCCUGUGCUGCGAGGUGGACACCAUCCGCCGCGCGUACCCCGAUGCCAACCUCCUCAACGACCGGGUGCUGCGGGCCAUGCUCAAGGCGGAGGAGGCGUGCGCGCCCUCCGUGUCCUACUUCAAGUGCGUGCAGAAGGAGAUCCUGCCGGCCAUGCGGAAGGUCGUGGCCACCUGGAUGCUGGAGCAGGUCUGCGAGGAGCAGAAGUGCGAGGAGGAGGUGUUCCCGCUGGCCAUGAACUACCUGGACCGCUUCCUGUCGCUGGAGCCCCUGCCCAAGGGCCGCCUGCAGCUGCUGGGCGCCGCCUGCAUGUUCGUGGCCUCGAAGAUGAAGGAGACCGUCCCCCUGACGGCGGAGAAGCUGUGCAUCUACACUGACCACUCCAUCCAGCCCGAGGAGCUGCUGCAAAUGGAGAUGGUGCUGGUGAAUAAGCUCAAGUGGAACCUGGCGGCCAUGACCCCCCACGAUUUCAUUGAGCACUUCCUCUCCAAGAUGCCGGUGGCCGAGGUCAACAAGCAGAUCAUCCGCAAACACGCGCAGACCUUUGUCGCCCUGUGUGCCACAGACGUGAAGUUCAUUUCCAACCCGCCCUCCAUGGUGGCUGCCGGGAGCGUGGUGGCCGCAGUGCAAGGCCUGCACCUGGGAAGCUCCAACAGCUUCCUGUCCUAUCACCGCCUCACGCGAUUCCUCUCCACACUGAUCAAGUGUGACCUGGACUGCCUCCGGGCCUGCCAGGAGCAGAUCGAAGCCCUGCUGGAGGCCAGCCUGCGCCAGGCCAAGCAGAGCCUGGGCCCCAAGGAGGAGGAGGAGGAGGCGGACCUGGCCUGCACACCCACCGACGUGCGCGAUGUGAACAUCUGAGGGGCUGGCGGAGGGAGGGCCGCCCCGGGGCUCCCCUGCUGGACGCGUCCCUCCCGGAUGGCCGCGCCAGAGGGAAAACUUCUUCCUGUUUUUUUUUUUUUUUUUUUUUCCUUUGCUCUUUCUCCUCUCUAUCUCUGAGUUAAGCAAGAGAAAAAAGAAAGUACCCCAAACUGUCUUUAAAAGAAAAGUUCAGAAAAAAAAAAAAAAGAAGUAGCUGCAUAACCCCAAGCUCUGGUGGGGAGGAGGGUUGUGCUACCAACAUAGAGGACGCUCCGGCCCAUAAUCGACUUAGUUGCGUAGGACUGUGUGUGUCUGCGUUAUAAGGGUAGGUUUUAACACAAGGAGCGAGUUCUGCAGGGGGGCUCAGGUGCGAUGGAUAUGUUUAAAGCAUAAAAAUGUUCUUUAAAAAAAAAAAUGCGACAAACCAUUGUUAGAGGAAGGGAUUUUUAGAUAGAAAGAUGUAUUCUUGUGCUCCCCCGAGGAGCGCAGCUUUAAGGCGCGGUAGGCAUCCCGUAUCCCGCUUGCUCAUGCAUGUAGUCACUUUAUAAGUCAUUGGUGCGUGUUUAUUCCGUAGGUAGGCGUGUAACCUCUUCACCUUGUCCACGGCUGACGUAACCUGUCGGGUAGAAUAGUGUCGCCGACCUUCACCGAGUGCUAAUCCUCUCCCCCGUGGACCGGCCACUGAGCGGGUUGUCGGGCACCGGCCAGCGCGCACGCUCUUAAAGAGAGAAGCCGAAGUAGCAGCGUCACAGAUUCUAUUUUUUUAAUCCUCGUAUUUUUGUAGCUCACUGUUUGAGGAGACGCUGCCGGCCAACCAGGCCUGCAGCCUGCUCAGAUCCAGGCGGAACCCACAGCUCUCGCUCGUUUCGUCUCCUUCUCGACGUUCUGAAACCCGUUCCAUUUCAAAGCACUUUGGGUCCGGCAGUUCUAGGGAAGGUCUCUCGUUCGUGGGUGGAGGAGGGGGGUGGUUCCCAGUGGAAUGGUUGGGAUCGCUAGGUCGCCAGGGGGUGUUGCGGGAGGCGAGGGUCCAGCCAAGGAGAGGGUGUGCGUUCCCCCGUAGCCAGGAUGCGACGUUCCUUUUCCCCGUAGAGAGGUUCCUUGGUGCCAACCGGCGUCCGAAGGCAGGGAGCCUGAAAGGUUUGCCUAAAGGACAUGUAGUGUAAGGGUUAGGGAGGUUUUUAAACACUAAAAUAUGUAAUUUAUAGUUAAGGCUAAAAGGAGUAUUUAUUGCAGAGGAUGCCCGUAAGGCCAGUAUGAUUUCUCGAGUGAUGCACUCUCCCCUGAUUCAAACACACAGCCCGCUGCCUUUCCGGGGCGGGCUCGAUACCACUUAGAGAAGGGGGCAAUUCCCCAGGAAGAAAAAAAAAACAAAAAAAACGUUGAUCCAGCCUGAACCAAUCUGAGAGGCAUCAGGCCCAGGAGAGUUAGGGUCCCCCAAUCAAGCUGUUUCAGCGUAGUCCCAUGCCCACCCCUCCUUUCAAGAAAUGGUAGCAACCGGUAGACAAUGCACAUCUUGGCUGUGGACCUGGGAGCAAUGACUAAGUGGGGAGUGCGGAGGGAGGAGGAGAGGAUGUGAGGGCAGAAGUGCGGGAGGGACCACAGAGGGACAGGCUGCGCACCCCGUUUCUUAUUCGCUGCUAUGGAUGACUUCCCGGCGUGCUCGGAAACAGACUCACCACGCUUCUCUGUCUCUCUCACAUUGUUUUGCUGCUAUCGGAGGAUCAGUUUUUCUGUUUUAUGAUGUCAUAUUACUGCCAUGUUCGAGUUUUCAUUUCCUCGUAGAAAAAAAAUGUAUUACGGAUGCCUUUUUUUUGUGUGUAGUUUUUUUUUUUUUUCUUUAAUGUGAUCAAUUUUGAUGUAAUGUGAUUACUGCUCUAUUCCAAAAAGGCCCCCGUUCCACGAUACCUCAUGCUUCAUUUAGCCAUGUGUAGACCGGCAGUCCGGCCCCCAUCCUGCCCGAGGCCGCCUGCUUCGGCAAACAGACACUCGGCCGAGAUCCCCAACAGGCCUGGUGGGGACGGGUGCCGGGUUGCGUGCGGGCGGCCGCCCGGCGUCUGAGGACCAGCCAGUGUCCGUGUCCACGUCCUUCCCUGCGCCUGUCAUGCUGGACUCUCCAUCUGCCCUAGCAUUGACCAUCCUAGUAGCUUUGAUGGCUGUGUUGUUUUGCAUAUAGCUAUGAAACCUGCAUUAUUAUUAUUAUUAUUAUUGUUGUUGUAACAAGUCUGUCUUGUGUGCCGUGGUGGUGCUGUGCCCUGGACUGGCCCCGGCCUCUGAGUCGCUGUUUCCGGGCACUGGAAGGCGUCGUGUCCCCGCGAUCUCUGUCCUUUUCAGGGCCGCGUGAUGCCAACUCUAAAGAGGCUGCAGGUCUCGCCGAAGCCAGCCCGUGUGUUGCCGUGUGCCCGCGCUGCCUAGCGUGCUGCCGAACCAAAAGAACGUGCGCCCUCGGUGGCCCUGCCCGGAGGGAUGGCCGUGAGCUGUGAGGUCCGCUUCCCUCACCUCUCCUGGCUGCAGCCUCUGUCUCUGAACCAAACCGGGUCCCUGAGGUCGGGAGCACCAUUGAGUCUGUGAGGGUCUGGCGGGUGGGCACCCGGUCUGUGUGUGGUUUUCGGUUGCACAUGGCGGUGUUUCCCAGCAUGGACAUGUAACCAGCACGUUUCCGGCGGAAAACAAGACAAACAUGAAAAGUCUAGAAAUAAAGUUAGUAAAAACCCCA